UCCUGUUCGCUGCCCUUCAGACUCGCACUCGCUCGCAGCGGCUCCGCUCGGUUUGCACGGACAGGCUCACAGGAACCCCAACGCCAUGGCCCCGGGACUCACCAGUGACCCCAGCUUCCAGAAACUGGAGCAGUGGUACAGGGCCAACGCCGGCAGCCUCAACAUGAGGCAGAUGUUUGAGGCCGACCAGGGGCGCUUCGGCAAGUUCAGUACCACCCUCAACACCGACGAUGGAGACAUCCUGGUCGAUUUUUCAAAGAACCUCAUUAACGAGGAAGUCAUGAAGAUGCUGUUCGAUUUGGUAACGUUUCUUCCCCGCUGUGCUCUCUCUCCUGGGCAGAACCGAGCUGUUCUCCACAUCGCCCUGCGGAACCGCUCCAACAGUCCCAUCCACGUGGGCGGCAAGGACGUCAUGCCUGAAGUCAACAGUGUCCUGGAGAAGAUGAAGGCUUUCUGUCUGAAAGUGCGCAGUGGAGAGUGGAAGGGCUACACUGGAAAAGCCAUCACCGAUAUUGUCAACAUCGGCAUUGGUGGAUCUGACCUGGGCCCACUGAUGGUGACGGAAGCGCUGAAGCCUUAUUCCAAGGGGGGUCCGCGGGCCUGGUUCGUCUCCAACAUCGACGGCACUCACAUGGCGAAGACCCUGGCCGAACUCAACCCUGAGACCACCCUCUUCAUCAUCGCAUCCAAGGUAACCCCCCCCCACUCCACCUGAGCCACUCCGGUCGUCUCUUCAUUCCAUGUUUUUUUUUUUGGUUUUCAGAAAUCUGCUGUGGCCAAGCACUUCGUGGCUCUCUCCACCAAUGCUCCCAAAGUGAAGGAUUUCGGGAUCGAUACGAACAACAUGUUCGAGUUCUGGGAUUGGGUUGGCGGGCGUUACUCCCUGUGGUCAGCUAUUGGGUUGUCAAUUGCUCUGCACAUCGGUUUUGAGAACUUUGAACGGCUGUUAAGCGGAGCUCACUGGAUGGACAAUCACUUCCGCACCGCCCCCCUGGAGAAGAACGUGCCCGUGCUGCUGGCCCUGCUGGGGGUCUGGUACAUCAACUUCUUCCAGGCGGAGACCCACGCCCUCCUGCCCUACGACCAGUACAUGCACCGCUUCGCUGCGUACUUCCAGCAGGGAGACAUGGAGUCCAAUGGGAAGUACAUCACCAGUAAAGGCAGCCGUGUGAACUACCACACUGGGCCCAUCGUGUGGGGAGAGCCUGGGACCAAUGGGCAGCAUGCCUUCUACCAGCUCAUCCAUCAAGGAACGCGCAUGAUUCCCUGUGACUUCCUCAUCCCCGUCCAGUCUCAGCACCCCAUCAGAAACAACCUCCACCACAAGAUCCUGCUGGCCAACUUCCUGGCCCAGACUGAAGCCCUGAUGAAGGGGAAGACCACUGAAGAAGCUCGCAAGGAGCUGGAGGGGGCAGGGAUGAGCGGAGAGCCCCUGGAGAAACUGCUGCCUCACAAGGUCUUCGAAGGAAACAAACCAACCAACUCCAUUGUUUUUAAGAAGCUGACGCCGUUCAUGCUUGGAGCACUGAUUGCUAUGUAUGAACACAAGAUCUUCAUGCAGGGUGUCAUUUGGGAGAUCAACAGCUACGAUCAGUGGGGAGUCGAACUGGGGAAACAGCUGGCCAAGAAAAUCGAGCCUGAGCUGCAGGAUGCUGGUGAGGUGACCUCGCAUGAUGGCUCGACCAAUGGGCUGAUCAGCUUCAUCAAGAAGAACAGUGCCUGACCUCCCCGCCCAUGGUUCAUGGGAGGAGACUGCGCGACUGUCCGGUCGAUGUUGUAGUCGCCGCUUGUUAGCCAUAACCGAGGAGCUAAAGCACUUUACGUCUGUAUUCACCUGUCUUGUGUCCUGAAUUGUCAGUUGUGAGUCUUGUCUAAUAAGGGAGAUGCUUUUGAAAACCUGUGAUUUGUGCAGAUCUUAGACCACACCAUCCCACUCUUUGCCUAAUCAUGAGUCACGACUUACCAAAAUAAAUGUUUUACUUGUUGGCCACAUUA